UUCAGAACCUCCUUGACCACUCAGUCAAAGCUCCAGCAUGAAGGUUAAAAAAGCAGCUCUUUUAGUUUGUCUUUUCUUUUUUACAGGUUUCCAAAGGGGUCAGAAUGAAAGCACAGAUGUUCUAAAGGAGUAUGUUAAAACUGAAGGGGCCUGGAUAGUGAAAAAACCCAGCAAGUUGUAUACUGUAAAUACAGCAGAAGAAUGUGCCACCAAGUGUAUCAAAGAGACGUCCUUUACGUGCAGGUCCUUUACAUACAUAGACAAGGAUCAGGAUUGUAUUACAUUACCUGCCAGCUCUAAGACUGACAAAUUAUGGGAAAGAGCUGGUGCUUCCCUGUAUGAGAAAAAGGUGUACUUACUGGAAUGUGUGAAUGGCAUUGGAACAGACUACAGAGGGACAAAAUCCACAACAAAAUCAGGAAGAAAAUGCCAAAGCUGGAAGGCAGUUUCCCCCCAUUUGCCAAACAUAACACCAAAGACACAUCCAAAAGCUGACCUGGAGUCCAACUUUUGUCGAAACCCAAAUGAAAACAAAGGGGGUCCCUGGUGCUACACUACAGAUCCAGAGAAAAGAUGGGAGCACUGCGAUAUCCAAAAGUGCACAGAGGACUGCAUGCACUGCAAUGGAGAAAACUAUAGAGGCAAAAUCUCCUUUACUCAGGAUGGAUACAUGUGCCAACGCUGGGAUUCUCAGAGUCCCCACGGCCAUGGUUAUUCUCCUUCAGCUCAUCCUGAGAUGUAUUUGGAGGAGAACUAUUGUAGGUACUCAGAAGGAGAACCCAAGCCCUGGUGCUACACCACCACUCCAAACAAACGUUGGGAUUACUGCUCCAUUCCUCGAUGCACAACUGAACCACCCACAAUUGUACCAGAGCUUACCUGUGCGACUGGAAGAGGUAGCUCCUACAGGGGUACUAUUUCUGUGACUGAAUCAGGGAAAACUUGCCAGAACUGGGCAUCUCAAUAUCCUCAUGAACAUGUUUCAACUGCAGAGAUAUACCCAUGCAAAGGCCUUGAAGGGAAUUACUGCAGGAAUCCUGAUAAUGAAAAAAGUCCCUGGUGUUAUACCACAGACCCUGAGACCCGCUGGGAGUACUGCACUGUGCCCAGCUGCAGAGAUCAGCCUGGACCUGAGGAGCCGUUCAUCCCUGAGGGGAAGGAAUGUUAUGAAGGUGAUGGAAGCUCGUACCGUGGUGAAAUUUCAGAGACCGUUAGUGGAAAACAGUGCCAGUUCUGGACAUCCAGUGAACCACAUGUUCCUUUCUUUACACCUGAGGUCUUCCCAGAAGCAGAUCUGAGGAGGAACCUGUGCAGGAACCCAGAUGGUGAACAAGCCCCUUGGUGCUACACCACCGACCCCUCUGUUCGGUGGGAGUAUUGUAACAUUCGGAUGUGUGACGGCAAACCUGGCAUAUCCAAACCUCAGCUUCCUACAGAUCAGUUACAAGAUGCAGAAAGAGGUGUUCUGGAUGCAUAUGUAAAAACUGAUGGUGUCAUCAUAGUGAAAAGAACCAGCAAAUUGUAUCAAGUGAAAUCAGUAGAAGAAUGUGCCUCCAGAUGUAACAAAGAGACGUCAUUUCCAUGCAGGUCUUUUACAUUCUCGGACUAUUUUAUGAAUUGUGUAACGUCACCUGUCAACUCAAAGAAUGAAAAAGUAAUGAAGGCAAAGAAUGCUGUCCUGUAUGAGAAAAAGGUGUAUUUACUGGAAUGUGUGAAUGGCAUUGGCACAGACUACAGAGGGACAAAAGCCACAACAAAAUCAGGAAGAACAUGCCAGCGCUGGAAGGGAAAUUACCCCCAUUUGCCGAAAAUAACAGCAAUGACACAUCCAAAAGCUGACCUGGAGUCCAACUUUUGUCGAAAUCCAAAUAGAAACAAAAGGGGUCCCUGGUGUUACACCACAGAUCCAGAUAAAAGAACAGAUCAAUGUAAUAUCCAGAAGUGUACAGAUGACUGCAUGCACUGCAAUGGAGAAAACUACAGAGGCAAGGUCUUCACCACUGAGAAUGGAUACAUGUGCCAACGCUGGGACUCUCAGAGCCCCCACAACCACAACUAUUCUCCUUCAGACCAUUCUGAUAAGUAUUUGGAGGAGAACUAUUGCAGGAACCCCAGUGGAGAACCCAAGCCCUGGUGCUUCACCACAAGUCCAUCCAAACGUUGGGAUUACUGCUCCAUUCCUCAAUGCACAACUGAACCAACCAUAAUUGUACCGGAGCUUACCUGUGCGACUGGAAAUGGUAGCUCCUACAGGGGUACUAUAUCUGUGACAGAAUCAGGGAAAACUUGCCAGAACUGGGCAUCUCAAACUUCUCACAAAAAUUCAAGAACCCCAGAGAACUACCCAUGCAAAGGCCUUGAACAGAAUUACUGCAGGAAUCCUGAUAAUAAGAAAUGGCCCUGGUGUUUUACCACAGACCCUGAGACCCGCUGGGAAUACUGCAAUGUGCCCAGCUGCGGAGAUCAGCUUACACCUUAUGAGCCCUUCAUUACUGAGGACAAGGAAUGUUAUGAAGGUGAUGGAAGCUCUUACCAUGGUGCCAUAUCAGAGACCAUUAGUGGAAGACAAUGCCAGUUCUGGGCAUCCAGAGAACCUCAUGUUCCUUUCUAUACACCUGAAGACUUCCCAGAAUCAGAUCUGAGGAGGAACCUGUGCAGGAACCCAGAUGGUGAACAAGCCCCUUGGUGCUACACCACUGACCCCUCUGUUCGGUGGGAGUAUUGCAACAUUAAGCGGUGUGAUGGCAAACCCAGAAUACCCACAACUCUGUUUCCUACAGAUUCUUCACAAGAUGCAGAAAGAGAUGUUCUGAAGGCAUAUGUUAAAACUGAAGAUGCCUGUAUAGUGAAAAGUACCAUCAGGCAGUAUAGUGUGAAAUCAGCGGAAGAAUGUGCUGCCAGAUGUAACAAAGAGACGUCUUUUACAUGCAGGUCCUUUACAUACAAUGAGAGGGAUCGGAAUUGUGUAACACUACCUACCAACUCUAAGACUGAUAAAGUAACACAAAAAUUGAGUAAUGUCCUGUAUGAGAAAAAGGUGUACUUACUGGAAUGUGUGAAUGGCACUGGCACAGAAUACAGAGGGACAAAAUCCACAACAAAAUCAGGAAGAACAUGCCAACAGUGGGAGGGAACUUUCCCCCAUUUGCCAAACAUAACACCAAAGACAUAUCCAGAAGCUGACCUGGAAUCCAACUUUUGUCGAAACCCAAAUGGAGACAAUGGGGGUCCCUGGUGCUACACCACAGAUCAAGAGAAAAGAUGGGAGCACUGUGAUAUCACUAAUUGCACAGAGGAAUGCAUGCAAUGCAAUGGAGAACUCUACAGAGGCAAGCUCUUCACCACUGCAAAUGGAUAUGUCUGCCAACGCUGGGACUCUCAGAGCCCCCAUAGCCACGAUUACUCUCCUUCAGACCGUCCUGAGCUGUAUUUGGAGGAGAACUAUUGUAGGUCCUCAGAAGGAGAGUUCAUGCCAUGGUGCUACACCACUAGUCCAAAUAUUCGCUGGGAUUACUGCCUCAUUCCUCUAUGCACACCCACAAUUAUACCAGAGCUUACCUGUGUGACUGGACGGGGUAGCACCUACAGUGGUACUAUUUCUGUGACGGAAUCGGGGAAAACUUGCCAGCACUGGGCAUCUCAAACUCCUCACAUGCACAACAAAAUUCCAGUGAACUACCCAUGCACAAUCUUUGAAGGGAAUUACUGCAGGAAUCCUGAUAAUUCAAGAAGUCCCUGGUGUUAUACCACAGACCCUGACACCCGCUGGGAGUACUGCAAUGUGCCCAGCUGCGGAGAUCAGCCGAAACCUGAGGAGCCAGUCAUCCCUGAGGGGAAGGAAUGUUAUAAAGGUGAUGGAAGCUCAUACCGUGGUGCCAUAUCAGAGACCGUUAGUGGAAAACAGUGCCAGUUCUGGACAUCCAGUGAACCACAUGUUCCUUUCUAUACACCUGAGGACUUCCCAGGAGCAGAUCUGAGGAGGAACCUGUGCAGGAACCCAGAUGGUGACCUAGCCCCUUGGUGCUACACCACUGACCCCUCUGUUAGGUGGGAGUAUUGCAAAAUUGAGAAGUGUAACAGCAAACCCAGCAUAUUCACAGAUUGUAAGGUUGGAAAUGGUGCAGAUUACAGGGGUCCCAUAUCUACAACUAUAUUGGGAGUGACCUGCCAAAAAUGGAGUUCUAUGACCCCUCACCAGCAUGCCAGUUUUACCCCUGAGACACAUCCAGACAAGGGCCUGGAGUCUAAUCAAUGCCGUAACCCAGAUAAUGAUGAGAAUGGACCUUGGUGCUAUACAACAGACCCAAAUCAGGAAUGGGAUUACUGUCAGAUUCCAGACUGUGAGGGCCUUAAAUGUGGAGAACCAGCGAUAAAACCUAAAAGCUGCUUUGGGCGGAUUGUUGGGGGAUGCAUUUCCAAACCACACUCCUGGCCAUGGCAGAUCAGUUUCAGGCCAAGCACUAGCAAACAACAUUUCUGUGGUGGAACACUAAUUGAUCCACAGUGGGUACUAACUGCAGCACAUUGUAUUAAGGGAGAAAACCAUGAUUGGUCUCAGAGUCCAUCCGCCAUCAAGAUCUUCCUUGGAAUCCACGCCAAACGUGCGAUAGGACCAUCCAAGCAGGAGCGAGAUGUUUCUAAGAUUAUUAUGGGACCAGAUGGGGCUGACAUUGCUCUUCUCAAGUUAGAUAGGCCUGCAGUAAUAAACGAUAAGGUGUCGAUUGCUUGCCUACCAGAAAAGGAUUAUAUUGUACCCAGAGGUACUGAAUGCCAUGUAACAGGCUGGGGAAACACACAGGGAACUGGUGGAGAAGGUUACCUGAAAGAAAUCAUCAUCCCAGUAAUUGAGAACAAAGUCUGCAACCUUCAAUCCAAUUUGGAUGGCCGUGUGAAGGACUAUGAGAUGUGUGCAGGAAUCAUAGAUGGUGAAACUGGCAGUUGUGAGGGUGACAGUGGUGGGCCUCUCGUCUGCUACGCACAAAACAGAUAUGUUCUCCAGGGAGUGACAUCAUGGGGUAUUGGCUGUGCCACUGCCAUGAAACCAGGAGUGUACACCCGUGUCUCCAAGUUUGUCAACUGGAUUGAACAAAGCAUGAAACAAAAUUGAGAAUUGUUCAACGUAAACACAAGCAUAUGGUUAGCAAUGCAAUUUAACUGCAAAAAUUAUGUGUAAGAAUGAAAUCUUGAUACUAGGGUGUUUUAAGUAACCCUGUUCAAAAGUGGUAUCUUAAUAAUACCUGCUUAAUAGAGGUAAUCUAUUCUAUGCUUACAUUUACAUUUACCUACAGUUAAAUUUCUUAUAGGCACAAGCCAGAUGUGUUCUAUUUUGAGGCUAACCCCAGUAAAUAUGGUUUAUUUUGCAAAUGCAAAUUCCGUUGAGGCAUAGAUCAGACACUAUAUCUGUGCACCUUACAUCUAAAAGUGAACAAAACUAUCACAUCGAAUCAUACUUACUUUGAUCAGACACAUACGUUGUUAAUACAGUGUGUGGCCAUGCAAGAAACCAGUUGACAAACUCAACAAAUAAUGGGUUGUUAUGAUAAUUAGACAUGAUCUUGAACAUAUAGACAGUAAAACCCAUUGAGUGGACUCUAAGUCUAAUAUUACUUAUGUUUAUAGUAUGUCUAGGGCUGCAAUUAAUUGUUGACUGUCCAUCUUUUCACUUUUAUGGAAAUUCACUUCCCUACAUUUUUCCACUUCCUGUAUUUAAAAUUGGCAUAUAUACAUUUCCAGGAGGUACACGCUUGACUGAUUGUGUGGAGCAGUGCAUGCUUAUUACAUGCAACACUUGUCCCUGGCAUAAUAAAUACGCUAGCAGAUUAUUGAAUGAAGAAUUCACCCACAAGUGGUGAGCCAGGUGUGGGAGAGAUACGGGCAAGCUGCCGUAUCUCUAUGCAUUGCCCAAAAAUGCUCACUCACUGUCAUUUGAACCAGUGUCAAAAGCAAAACUGCACGAGAGAGAUCCAGCUUGUACCCCGUUAGAGACAGAGAAGGAUGUGGCCAUUCAGCAAGCCAGGUAUUCUUGUAGAGACUGAACUGCAGCCAGAGAAAAUAAUAGCUUUGAGAUUUUAAACUUCAGAUAAUUAAACUUCAGCAUUCAAUAUGCUUUAUAUUUGUAUAGUGUCUAAUAAUGCAUCGACAAUGUAUGUUUAAGUUUCCCUUGCCAAUAAAGCUUGAUAUUCAUUUAA